GUAUUGGCUGUCAUAUAGCGUGGGCUACGGUUGUUUCCAGGAAUUGUUCCUUAACAAAGAGAAUUCGUCUUAUUGUGUGCAUGUAUAUUUACUGUGGCGCUUUCAUGUACAUGUUUAUUAGUGUGGACAGAUUGCUAACUCAAGCUGGUUGUACCUAAGACUUGCUUUCUAACUUUCAUUGUUCUGUGGACUGAAAACCUGUACAAAAUCAAAUUUUGGAAUUAUGGCUGCUGUAAUGGGAAGGACUCAGGUACAGAUAAAGGAUGUAACCAGAAGAAUCGUUGUACCCGCUGAUCCAAUAGCAAAGCUUAUGCACUACUUUGAUUGUGUCUGCAGUUGUGUUGAACCCGAUAGUGACUACACUAUACGUCGUCUCAGAGAUUAUCAGAAUUAUCAUCGAUUGACCAGCGAAGAAGAGGCUCAACUCAUAGUUCUCUGUCUUGCUCUCAGUCCUGACAACUUGAUUGGAUCGAUAUUCCAUCCAGUCAAUGAUUGUGGAUCAUCCACAAACAAGUUUGUUGAGAUAAGUGCUGUUAAAACAGACAUUCUUGUGACCAACUCUCUCCUCAUUGGAGGACAGCAGAAAAAAGUACAAAGUGUCAUGUUUUUCGAGAAGAGGUGGAUGGAGAACAACUUCAUUGAGCCACUUAAAGCAGUGCAGAGGAGACUCAACCGUCCUGCUCAACGUCGUAUUGAGCCUCCCCCACGUCGUCCUCCUGCCCGUCGCAGGGAGAGCAGUUCCUGCACUAUACUCUGAAGAAUGAACCAUUGAACUAUUAGCAAGUGUUGCUAUUAGUAAUACUGCAUUGCCUUUUAGUAUGUAGGAGUGCAAGUAUAAUACUGUGUUUAGUUAGUAUUGUGUGAUCACUGUUGUUGUUUUGUGUCUAGGGUUGUUUACACAUGUCCAGUUUACAAUAGUCUAUUGACUAUACACUGUAGAGCUGUUGUGUACCAAUUGUUAUUGCUAUAAGCCCCUGUAGAUUUAUUUGAUAUUAUUUCAAUUGCUAUACUUGUUUGAAACAAUAAA